CACAGCUCCAAGCCACCGCUGCAAAAGCCGAAGGGGGGGGAAAAAAACCACAGCGUUGCAUUGGCCAUAGUCCUCUCUCUCUCUCUCUCUCUCUCUUUACCACUUGCCCGGCCUGGCUAAGUCGACAAACCUCCGGCCUUCGCUUUGAACAUAACAAUACUGUAAAACUACCGGCUCCUGCAAUCGCAGCGAGAAGCCUGGAAAGGCGGACGCUUCCGCAAGUGGUUCCGCCUUCUUCGGCGACUAUGGCCGUCUGCCGCCGGGAUGCAACGCGAACCCUGCUCGCUUGGGGAGCAAACAGCUAUGGACAACUUGGUCUUGGUCAUAAAAAUGAUGUGCUCCUGCCUAAGGCUGUGAAGUCAUUUCUCUUUAAUCAGAGUUGUAUCAAAAACAUUACUGGAGGUGGAGGUCAUUCUGCUGUUCUCACCGAUACUGGAGAGAUCUUUUUCUGUGGCCAGAAUAAAGAUGGACAAUUGGGACUUGGUCAUACUGAGGAUGUGACACAUUUUACCUUAUGUUCUUCUAUUUGUGACUGUCCUGUCAUACAAGUUGCCUGUGGCUGGGAUUAUACAGUUAUACUUGUUGGAAAUGGUCAAAUGUUCUCCUGUGGUUCUAAUUCCUUUGGACAAUUGGGAAUUCCUGAUAUUUCAGGCAGAUGCACUAUUCCAGCAAUGAUUAAGUCUUUACAGGAUAAAAUAAUAAAUAUUGCUGCUGGACUCAGGCACGCUGUUGCUGUGGCUGAAAGUGGUUCUGUAUUUCAAUGGGGAAUUGGUAUGGCAUUGCAAGCAAAGCGAAUGUGCCAAGAAAAAAAUAUUCCUUCUUUCUUGAGGGCAAAGGAACCUUGCAAAGUACCAGGUUUUGAAAAUGUCAAAGUGAAGAGUGUAGCUUCCGGCUCACAUCAUGUUGUGUCACUCACAGACGAUGGAGAUUUAUAUGUAUGGGGAAACAAUAAGCACAAGCAACUAUUAAGUAAAGACUCUGUUGUUUUGGAACCUCAGAAGAUUGAAGCUCACUAUUUUGAGGGUGAAAAAAUCAGAAGAAUUUGGAGUGGUUGGACACACUUGGUGGUGCAAUCAGAGACAGAGAAAGUCUUCACGUGGGGUAGAGGAGACUAUGGUCAACUUGGAAGAAGUGAGAUGCCAUGCGAAGGACAGAGCAAAGACAGAAAGGGAUCAACAGAGCAUCAUUUGAAAGAGUCAUCUUAUGCUCCUGCUACAGUACCCAGACUCUCUGGUGCAUCUGAGAUUGCAUGUGGUUCAGAGCACAAUCUAGCAAUAGUUGGUAACCAGUGUUUUUCCUGGGGAUGGAACGAGCAUGGCAUGUGUGGCAACGAAACAGAAGAAAAUGUUUGUCUUCCUCAGCCUGUGGAACCUCUUAGUUCUUCAGAGCUGCUUUUAAUUGGAUGUGGAGCCGGACACUCCUUAGCAUUUUGCUCUUUAACAAGCUUAGACAUAACACCCUCUGCACAAUUUUAAAUUCACCUGGAGGUUUGUCUUUGGUUAAUAAAAUGCAGUUAAUGUCAAAGCAAUUCAGUCAUACUAGCCAUGGCAAGAUUAUCCAUGUUAUAUACUGACAUAGUCAUUUUGCCGUGUUCGUAUUUAAAAGAAAGAGGAAGUUUUUUUUUAAAAAAAAUUGCUUUUGUUUGAGGGGAGCAAAGUAUGAAAACAUUUUGGUGUGAUGAAAUGAAACAGAAUGUGCUUUAUUUAUUGUCAAGCAUGAAAAACCAGAUUUACAUGUAAAGCUUCUAAUGAACUGAUUUAUUACUACAGCCUAUACACAGGAGUCUCCUGAUAUUAAGAGUUAGCACCUGGACAGAACUAGAUAAGUAUUAAUGGCAGACAAGGGUGGAUUGGACUUAGUUCGCUUGUGGUUACAAAAUCAUUCUAAACUGAUGCCUAGUUUAACUCCUCCCCCUGGUUCUGCCAGUCUCUUUCCUACAUUUAUUGAUAUCAAGCACAUGAUUACCUCAGGUAGUCCUUGCUUAAUGACUGCCAUGUUUAAUGAUUCUUAAAAAUUAUAAUGGUGUUGAAAAAAUAAUUUUACAACCAGUCCCUGCACUUGCAAUGUUUACAGCAGCCUGCGGUUAUGGGAUCUCCAAUUGUACACCUCAUAGCCAGCUUCCAACAAGCAAGGUCAAUGAAGAAGCCAACAAUAAAAUUAUAAGUCACAAUCAUCUGAUGGCUUGCUUAAAGACUGUGUUGAUUAGCAACAGAGUUACCGGUCCCAAUUAUGAUAAUUAAGUGAAAGACUACCUGUCCAGUUUUUAUCCAAGUAUAUAUACUGGAGCAUUAGUCUCAAUAUCAGAGAUUUAUAAUUGGACUAUACUGUUUCAUCAAUGCAAAUGCAAUCAGAUAUAGAGACUUCCAGGUGAGAAAAAUUAUGGAUUGAUGCUUCUCUGAAAGGGUAGGGAUGCUGAGGAUGGAAUUAUGCCUGCCAGUGAGGCUGUUCCUACACAACUUUUCCAGACAAUGAAAAGCUAAAAAGAUUGCCCAUGGGUGCUCUGGAUAGUAGUUCCUUAUGCGGAAACCUGCAGCACCCAAAAGGAUUCUACAGGCACCUCAUGAGUGAAGUGCUUGGAGCCAAGGAAGAUCUGACUUGCAGCCUCAAUGGAGCCUUUAAUGGAUACCAAGUCCCACUUUCUUAAGCACUUCGGAUGGUAGCUAUUUAAAAACUAAAGAAUUCUCUGGAAUAGCAGUUUAACUGGACCAUCUGUGUUUAACAGGAAAAAAAAACCAGAUUUUUUUCUCCAGAAAUUAACUUGCAGCAAAAAGCACAUUAAAAGCUUGGACUAUAAAAGUUUUAAACAAAUAUAGGGACCAGUAGACUGUAGGUUCCUGUAAAUUUAUUAGAAGAGAUACCCACAAUGGUGGAGUGGAAUGUGAGGAGUGUAGAACUGACUGAAAUGGCUAAAUUGACUUGUCUAAUUAAAGAAGGUACAACAAUAUUUUUUAAAUAAAAGAAUGGAAACCCUUUAUGGACUUUUUGCUGCAAAUGGACAAAAGUGUGUGGUUUUGGGGGAUUUACUGAUUAAAAAGCGUUGUUUACAGGAAGACGGGAUCCAAAAUAUAUAAUUUCAGAGGCUGGAAAUGGUGAAUCAUUAUGCUAGCAAUGGCUUGCCUUCAGAGGUUGUGGGUGCUCAAUCACUGGAGGUUUUUAAGAAGAUAUUGAAUAGCCACAUGUCUGAAAUGGUGUAGGGUCUCUUGCUUUGAGCAGGGGGUUGGAUUAGAAGACUUCCAAGGUCCCUUCCAAUUCUAUUAUUCUGUUGUAUAUGUUCUGUUAUCUGCUGCAAAGAAGAUUGGAAGUUGCUUCUUUAGAUAUCUUUCUUCUUCUUUGUCUCACUUUUUCAUUUAUUUUUUUAUAUCUCUUACACACAUGCAUAUACACACAUAAGCAAUCAAGUAUAUAGUAGAAUAUGUUGCCAAACUCAUGGUUCCUUGUUACUACUCUACAUUUUACUGUCCAUUGACUGGGUGUUUUGCUGGGUCACGAAUCCAGAUGGUAUUUUGAAAGGCCUUUGAAUUAGUUCAAUAUCUAAGUGGCAGCUUUACUUUUCCUUUAUUCUUUGGGCAUUCCUGGAUUGAAUGCCCAUCUCCUAUAUUUUACAAAUCAAACUCCUGAAUAUAUUUAUUAGAAUUGUGCAGCCCUUUUGAUUCAGUUUCAAUCAUAUGCAGGUCUGUGAACAUAAUACCUGCCUAUACCUCUUUGAAACUUUCAUGUCUUUUCUCAGGAUUUGAUGGAUACCCUGUGAGAGAUAGGGGAAAAUAUGGCUGCUUUAAAGAGUUGCUACAUUUGCUCUCCUGUGCCUUCUAACGCAGUUUUUUGGAAUUGAAUCAUAGCCUUUAUAUGUAUAUAUUAGGUCGUAGAAGGGGCAUAAAUAUAAUAGCAGUCUUCACAAAUAAGCUAGUUAAUUAAAAAAAAGUUUUAUUUUCCUCGACUGGAGUUUGUCAUAUGUAUAAAAUGCAGAAUUUUUGGAGUUCUGUGCCACAUCAACUGAAUCAGUGAUAGCAGUACUCUACCAAUCCAGGAUUUUAUGUUAAUAGUCUGAUACUCUGUAAGCCUAAUCUGUUCCAUCUGUUUACAACCAAUUUAUUUGGAAAGCCAAUUAAGACGGAUUAGCAAGAUCUGUUUAGCUAUUUGUGAUCUCUGUUACUUUACCUGUAGGCAUGUUACCAGAAAUUAUUGCGGUGACUGCUCCUUUUAUACAGUACAUACCCUAGUCAACAUAAAUCGUAAUGUAUGUACACAAAUAUAUUUGGUAGAAUACAGUAUUGCAGGCUAAGUCAAUGCUCACUACCAGGAGUUCAAUCCUGAUGGGCUCAAGAUUGACUCAGCCUUCCAUCCUUCUGAGAUUGGUAAAAUGAGGACCCAGAUUGUUUGGGGCAAUAGGCUGACUGUAAAUCAUUUAGAGAGGACUAUAAAGCAAUAUAAAAUGAUAUAUAAGUCUAAGCAGUAUUACUAUUGUUAUUGACCUGGUUAACACAGAGGCCUAUAUGGUCAUGUAUCAGAGAUGUUCUAGUACAGGAGUGUCAAACUCGUGGUCCACGGGCCAGAUGAGUCACAUGCUGGCCACACCCACCCAUUUUAGCGAAGGAGGGAAAAGUUGCGACACUUUUGUGACGACGUGUUGUCACAAGUUUGACACCUCUACAUCUACCUCUAGUAGAUCCUGCAUUAAGCAAGGGAAUGAACUAAUUAGCUCCUUCUAACUCAAUGAGAUUAAAUGGGGUGACAAAAAAGUCUUCUAUUAUGCUUUCCCUCAGAUUGCACCAUAAAAAUUCAAUAGCGCAGAAAGAUGUUCAAUCUGAUGAGGAAGAUUGCUUGAAAGAAAAAAAGUACAGUAUUCAUGAGGUGUCCUUCCAGCUGUCUUUGUUUUGUUUUUAAUCAUCAUCAGCACUCAGAAAUCAUUUCAUAAUGUUGAGCAUGCUAUAAACUAUUUUACCUCUUCAUGUUUUUGCUGACAUCCUUUUGCAGAAGGAUUUUUUUUUUAAAAAAAAAAUCAUGUUCUGCUAUUAGGCUUGCUUGUAUUCAGGCUAUUAAACUUUUUAUCUCAAGCUCUUGAUUAGGCAUUUGCUUGUUCUAUCUGUAUAUCCUUGGCUACAGGGAAAGAUUAUGAAUUGAAUUUUCUUUCACAGCUGCAUUUUGUGUCCCUUUUGCUCCUCUUCCUUUGUUCUUCCUUUUUAGUUUUCCUCCUAAACUUGAGUUCAUUUAAGGUGUACACCAAUAGUGAUUUACACUAUUGUUAAUUCUGUGCUGUGUAUCUAUUGUUUGCAUUCAUUAAUCUUUUUUGCAUAAUAAAAUAAAUAGAAUUUCUUCCCUUUA